AGGAGGGAACUGCGCGGGGAGGGGCGGGCCUCGGCGCCGGGGCACGCCUCUGUGACGUACUGCGCGGCGCCCCGCCCCACGUGUGCGGCCACGCCGCGCCGCGUCGCGACCUGUGACGUCAGGGGGAGCGUCCCUUCUUCCGCCCCAGCCGGCCGGGGAAGGGGCGUCGGGGUGCGGGAGCCCAGGGGGCUCUCUCCCGGCGCAGCGCGCUCUCGUUGCCGCCGCCGCCGCUGCCGCCCGGGAUGCCGGGCGUCUCCGCGCGCGGCCUCUCUCUGGAGCAGAGGAAGCAGCUGGCUGUGAACCUCACCCGUGUGCUGGCGCGCUACCGCUCCAUCCUGGACGCCUACAUCAUCGAAUUCUUCACAGACGACCUGUGGGGCACACUCCCUGGCUCAUGGCAGGAAGCGCUGGACGGACUGAACCCGCCACAGCUGGCCACACAGCUGCUGGGGAUGCCCAGGGAAGGGGAAGUGGUCAGGUACAGGUCGGUGUGGCCACUCUCUCUGCUGGCCCUGAAGUCCACAGCCUGUGCCCUGGCCUUUACCCGGACACCUGGGUUUCAAACCUCCUCCGAGUUCCUGGAGAACCCCAGCCAGAGCUCCCGCCUGACAGCUCCGUUCCGGAAACACGUCAGGCCCAAGAAGCAGCACGAGAUCCGGAGGCUGGGAGAGUUGGUGAAGAAGCUGAGUGACCUCACAGGCUGCACCCAGGUUGUGGAUAUAGGUUCAGGCCAGGGCCAUCUCUCCCGAUUCAUGUCCCUGGGGCUGGGGCUGAUGGUGAAGAGCAUUGAAGGGGAUCAGAGACUGGUGGAGAGAGCCCAGCGCUUGGACCAGGAGCUCCUGCAGGCUCUGGAGAAAGAGGAGAAGAGGCACCCACAGGCGGUCCACGCGGGCCCUCGCCACUCGCCACACCACGUGGUUAGGUGGGUAGAGCCCACGGCCCUAUGCCAGGAGCUGCUGCUUCCGCUGGAGACCCUGCCCCAGAGCGGGGCCCGCUUGCUGCUGACUGGGCUCCAUGCGUGCGGGGACCUGAGCGUCGCCCUGCUGAGGCACUUCUCCUGCCCCGAGGUGGUGGCGCUGGCCUCAGUGGGCUGCUGCUACAUGAAGCUGAGUGACCCCGGCGGCUACCCGCUGAGUCAGUGGGUGGCCGGGCUGCCAGGCUGCGAGCUGCCCUACCGGCUUCGGGAGGGAGCCUGCCACGCCCUGGAGGAGUAUGCCAAACGGCUGCAGAAAGCGGGCCCUGGCCUCCGCACCCACUGCUACCGCGCAGCGCUGGAGACCGUCAUCCGGGGGGCCCGGCCCGAGCUUCGGCGGCCCGGCGUGCAGGGGAUCCCCAGGGUCCACGAGCUCAAGAUUGAAGAAUACGUGCAGCGGGGGCUCCAGCGGGUGGGGCUGGACCCCCAGCUGCCGCUGAAUCUGGCUGCCCUUCGGGCCCACCAGGCCCAGGAGAACCGAGUGGUGGCCUUCUUCAGCCUGGCCCUGCUUCUCGCUCCCCUAGUGGAGACGCUGAUUCUGCUGGACCGGCUGCUGCACCUUCAGGAGCAGGGCUUCCAUGCUGAACUCUUGCCCAUCUUUAGUCCUGAGCUCUCUCCCAGAAACCUGGUUCUGGUGGCUACAAAGAGGCCCCUGGGUGAAGCCUUCUCUCUUCUGGAGACUGAACACAGCUGACAAACCCCAAGACCACCCAGGCACCGAACUUACCCAGAGAACCACCAGUCCCUAUCCCUGGAACCCUGAUUUCUCCCUCCAUGUGUUAAUGUGAUAUGAUGUAAAAUUUAUUUUUAAUUUAUUAAAUAAGUGAAAUCUCCA